AUGGAACAAGAUGAACAUAAAUUCUUCCUUUCUCAAGGAAUCCAAUUUAAAAGAUUAAUUGCGAAAGGUGGAUUCGGUGUAGUAUUUCUUGUCUACAGCAACCAAUAUCAAAACAAUUUUGCGUUGAAAAAAAUACCAGGAAAUCUUUUUAAUCAAUCGGAGCUUGACUGUUUGAUUGCAAUCGAUGAUCAUUCUAUUGUGUCUUUAUACAAUUACUAUAAAUACGGAAAAUUUGUUUAUCUUCUUAUGGAAUAUUGCCCUUUAGACUUGGCAUCAGUAAUUAAAUCACAGUCAAAAAUCUCAAGCGUAGACAGACUCAGAUAUAUUCAUGAUAUGGUAUUAUCUCUUAAAGCUUGUCACGAUAGAAAUAUUGCACAUUCAGAUAUUAAGCCAUCUAACUUUUUCGUUGAUCAAUACGGACGCGUCAAGAUUGGUGACUUCGGUUUUUCAUCAAUUUAUCGUGAGAAUCCAUCGAGUAUGCAGUUCAGAGGAACAAGAUUGUUUAUGGCCCCUGAACUCUUUUAUUCUCAUCCAUAUAACCCAUUGACUGCUGAUAUCUGGGCAUUAGGGGUUACAAUAUAUCUCUUAGUUACAGGAAAAUAUCCUUUUUAUUCGAAUGAUUCUGAUAAUUUAGUUCGUUUGAUUACGAUUGGUUUUUAUUCUACAAAAGAAAUAGACGACAAGAAUCUCCAAGAUUUAAUCGCAAGGUGCCUACAGACAAAUACAAACAGCAGAGCAACUGUUACUGAAUUAUUGUUGCAUCCUUAUUUCAACCCAUUCAAUACUCAACCAGUCAAGAAACCAAUGCCAAUCCCAAUGUCAAAGUCUCUGCGCUCUAUUUCUACAAAUCCAGUUCUUCCUCUUUUACCUGUAGCAAAAUCGUUGCUCAGAAUGGGUGUUGUUAGAAAUAAAGGUCCAAAUACUUCAAAGCCUCCAAACGCAGUUCAUUUUGACUUGCCUACACAAUAA